ACUAGUUAGAAAAGUCAUAUGACUGUGGUUCAGCAGAGUUGACUACGGUCAUUUACAGUUGUCAACAACAGUCGAAAGUUGCCGUCCCGAGGUUUAAUUAAACUGUGUUCGGAGUCUUUUCACACUGAAUAAUAUGUCAGCCUCAUAAACCUGUUCAGGAUUUCAGCUCGCCGUCGUUCGUUCCUAGGAGAACCAAUGUCAGAUGUCCGUUGCCAUGUCUAGUCUGGAGAGCCCACGGUCCUCUGUGUUUACCUUUGAGUCCUCAGUGCACAGCUGCCAUGUGCUGCGUUGUCUGGACGACCAGCGGAGGCGUGACCUGCUGUGUGACAUCACUGUGCUGGCCGAAGGGAGGAGUUUCAGGGCCCACCGUUCUGUGCUGGCCUCCUGCAGCGACUACUUCACACACAGGGUCUCCUCCCACGCACCACAGGGACUUGUCGUCACCCUGCCUCAAGAGGUGACGGUGAGUGGCUUUGAGUCCCUGUUGCAGUUUGCCUACACAUCCAAGCUGCUCUUCACUAAAGAUACCGUCGUGGAGAUCCGACACUGUGCCUCUAUUCUGGGUUUUAGAGAUCUGGACUCGGCCUGUUUUGACUUCCUCCUGCCCAAGUUCUUCAGCAGCAGUACGUCCUCCUUCCAGAGGAAGACCUGCUGUAAGACACGGUGUAGGAGACAGUCCACCAGGGCAGAGUUUAGCGACAUAGACACUAACAAGGAUGUCAUAGAUGAUGACAAACGAGUCAAGGUGGUUUCUGAUUCGCCCGUUGAACAGGAUGUGGGUGGCCAACCGGCAAAUGACGAGAUGGGACGUAAAAGCAAACAUUUCACCCAUCCUCCUGAAGCCGAUAUCCAAUCAGACGGCCAGACUGACUACUCUCUACAGUGCCCCAAGUACCGUAAGUUCCAGCAGGCUUGUGGGAAGGUGAGGCUGUGCGUGGAGGCCUGUGUCCCAGAAACAACCCCAGACUCCCUAGUGGUGAGAGAGGAGGGAUGCCCUCUACCCCUGCCCCUUACCCAGUCCUUGCGACCCUGCUCCAGUGGUGGAGGCUUUAGGGAAGGUCCUGCAGUGGAGACUUCUGGAGAAAACUCUUCACUUCUCUCACAGACACAGACUGACCAGGCAGGACAGGGAGAGGUGGAGCAGAAGGCUGACCAGGCAGGACAGGGAGAGGUGGAGCAGAAGAUUGACCAGACAGGACAGGGAGAGGUGGAGCAGAAGGCUGACCAGACAGGACAGGGAGAGGUGGAGCAGAAGAUUGACCAGGCAGGACAGGGAGAGGUGGAGCAGAAGAUUGACCAGGCAGGACAGGGAGAGGUGGAGGAGAAGAUUGACCAGGCAGGACAGGGAGAGGUGGAGCAGAAGGCUGACCAGACAGGACAGGGAGAGAUGGAGGAGAAGAUUGACCAGGCAGGACAGGGAGAGGUGGAGCAGAAGACUGACCAGGCAGGACAGGGAGAGGUGGAGCAGAAGACUGUCCAGACAGGACAGGGAGAGGUGGAGCAGAAGACUGACCAGGCAGGACAGGGAGAGGUGGAACAGAAGAAAGGAGAAGAGGAUGAUGAGGAGAAGAGAGAUACGAAUGAGGGGAAGAGAAAGAUGGAUGAGAGAAGUAGAGAGGCAGAUGAAGAGAACACAGAGAAGUAUGAGAGGAGAGGAGAGACAGAAGAGAGGAGGAGAGGAGAGACAGAUGGGUGGAGGAGAGGAGAGACAGAAGAGAGGAGGAGAGGAGAGACAGAUGGGUGGAGGAGAGGAGAGACAGAAGAGAGGAGGAGAGGAGAGACAGAUGGGUGGAGGAGAGGAGAGACAGAAGAGAGGAGGAGAGGAGAGACAGAUGGGUGGAGGAGAGGAGAGACGGAAGAGAGGAGGAGAGGAGAGAGGGUUUCUGGAGUCGACUGUCAUAGCUCUAUCCUUCCUCUCGUGGAGGUGUCUAGUGGUCGGCUUGUCAGCUGUGAAGAGAGCCCAGGGCUGGGUACAGCACCACAUCGAUGCCCCCUGGAGGCACCUGGGCUGGACAAGCAGACCCCUGGAGGUGUGGGGGAAGAAGGUUGUGUUCUAGGACGUAGAGGACACCAUGAAUGGAUAGAUCCAGCUGUCUCCAGCCAGCCACAGACAGAACAAGAGCAGGGAGGGAGAGCGAGGAGAAAGGUGGGGAGAAGGAUAGAACAUGGAAGAAGUGAAAGCGGACAGGGAGAGAGGAGAGAGCGAGGAUGGGAAGAGAGGAGCAGCGUGGAAAGAGAUUUGGCUCAGCUCUCCUCUUCUCCUCCCCUCCUCCAGGACUUCCUCCCUGGGACUGAGUCUGGGAACCUACGGAGCAGCAGCCCCACCUUGGACUGGCUUCACCAGCUUGACAUCAGCUCCAGUACUGGGGACUGUCCCUUCCUCCACAGCUUGGACAGGGAGACAGACAGAGGGACAGGGGAGGGGACGGACAGGGGGAUAAAGAGCACGACUGGGCUGGAGUGUGAGGGGUCAUCCCAGUUAGAGAAGAGUCCCUGUGUGUCCUCCCUGACAUCUGGAGACGAUGGAGACUCCGACUGUUUCGAUACGGAGGGAGACAGCGAGUCCUGUUCUUACAGCCAGAGAGUCAAAGAGGUGCAGCUCCCGUUCCCUGUGGGUCGUAUCGUGGCGUUGAGCAGGAAUGACUUUCAGCUGAUGUUGAGGCACCAGACUCUGACCAGAGAACAGCUGGACUUCGUCCACGACGUCCGACGCAGGAGUAAGAACCGCAUCGCAGCGCAACGCUGUCGCAAGAGGAAGCUGGACUGUAUACACAAUCUGGAGUGUGAGAUAGACAAACUGAGGACAGAGAAGAACCAGCUGAUAUCAGAGAGGAGCCAUCUGAACCAGAUGAAGCUGAAUACUUGGCACAGUGUGUCCGCUCUUUGUCAGAGGGUCUGCAGCGAGGCCGCCCUGAGACCAGAACAACUCCAGGUCCUAGCCAAGUACACCUCCCCAGACUGCCCGCUCUCUGCUCUCAUCUCCCCUACAGACCCAACCUCCCCUGGGCUAGGAGAACUACUACAAUCCAAGGCCUCUCUCUAGGCCUGCUCCUCCUCAGGCCUAGCCUCAGAUACCUGUCAGGAAACCUUCGGAGCCCUCGGCCAGCUGCUCCAGGGACACACCCACAGGGGAGGAGCUCUCAGGUGAUUAAACAAGCCCUCAGGUAUAUAGAUGUGAUCAGGUGACUGAUGCCCUGCCCAUGGAUGAGUGUGAGUCUGGACACCUUCAUCAUCAUCAUCAUCAUCACCAUUUCAUAGACUUUCUUCUACAGGCAAAGACACUGUGGUUGUGUUCCAAUAAUCUCUCCUUCCUCAGAGGUGCACUCAGUUACUCACUAAAGCAUCAGAUUGGUGUAGGCACUGAGCAGGGAUGAAGGAAGCAGGAAAGUAUUUUCCCGCGAUUGACACGGUUACAUACAAGCUGACAGUAUUUCAACCACAUUAAAAUAUGCAUGCAAGAUGAACUGAAAUCUACCACCAGAGAUAAACUGUGUGUGUGUGUGUGUGUGUGUGUGUGUGUGUGUGUGUGUGUGUGUGUGUGUGUGUGUGUGUGUGUGUGUGUGUGUGUGUGUGUGUG